AACGUAAACCGAAAUGUAAACUGACCUUGCCAUGGAAAGGGUUUCCCAAGAAGCCGGAUAAGGCCUCUGGCGGUACUCAGAUAGUUUUACUAAACGAUAUGGACUAUAUGAUUGUGCCUCGCGUUAAGAAUGCAAAGAAACACAAGGAAGAAACUCCACUUGCUGGCAAAGAAAAGCCCCCAGUAACCAAAGCAGAAAAGCCUCCAAAAGAAAAUGUUCCUCUUAAUGCCACAUCUGCAAAGUUUAUGGAAAUUGAGGAAAAGCGACGUGAGAAGGAAAGAAAAAUAGCUGUGGAGGCUUUGAAAUUGGUGGAACAAAGACGCAUGCGCGGCGCCUUGCUUCCAUCUGCACAGAAUUGUGAAAAUCGCGAAGCACCGGCAACGCAGCCAAUUGUUCAUCUCUCAAGAUCUCCCAUUCGAUAUACGCCAGAGGAAAGGAUCAAGGUGGAUCGCUUGAGAGCAGCCAAGAAGGAAAGAAUCGAAAAGGUCCUCAAAGAGAUGGACAACGAGAAGAUGGAGAAGGAGAAUAUGAAGAAAUUGCAGCAGAAUAAGUUAUCCAAUGCUCCUCCCAUGGAAAAUAAAUCUAUGACGGCUGCCCCCAGGCGAUAUAUACCCACCACCAAGGAGUGGGAUGAGCAGUGUCGGGCCAAGCAUCUGGCCAACCCAAAACCAAAUGCGAUCAAAAUCAGAUCAACUGAAUUUAUAAAACGUGUGGAUCCGAAGACUCAAGAUAUUCCACGUUAUCGUCCACCAUCCCAACUCCUUUUGGCGGAGAAACGCAAGGGAAAUCUUACCCAUUCGUUACCAAUUCCAAAUUGGACACCACGCCGACUGAACCAAUCUUUGCCACCAUUAAAGAAUCGAAUGGGUAAAUUGAUUCAACGUUAUAGUAUUGAACAGUUGCUGCUAUUGGAACCACAGCCCGAGGAGCUGGAAAAGCCCAAUCUUGAUGAGGGACUACGUCGAUUGCAUAUUGUGUGGGAAUAAGAAAAACCUCCUUCUUUACUUUUCAUUUAUCGUAGUAAUUCUUUAUAA